AUGAGUGGGACACAGGAGGCUGGGCGAGGCAAGAAAAGGGAGGAUAAAACAGAGCAGCUACAAACAUCAUCCCAGGAGAAGGAUGUGAGGACACCGGAAUAGAUGACAUGCAGGAGACACACGGGACUAUUGCUCCUCAACAGAACAGCCUGGACCAAAAAGUAAAGCAUCGUCACUAAAGCAGCGCAAAUGCUGAGCUACAUCCUCUAAGAAGCGGAAAGGUAAUUAAAGGAAGGAAAGGGCUUCUGACUCAAGGGCCCUGCACACACACGCCACUGUGGCUGCUGCCAGCUUGGGAGCGAUGUCCCUUCCUGAGGCACGCUUCUCCACUCCUCCACCUUCCUCUUCCCCUUCCCCCCAGUGUGACUACAGUGAGUGGAGCCCCUCGCUGGUUUUCAUACCUUCUGUCUACGUUCUAGUUUUUGUCCUUGGAUCUCUGGGCAAUGGUCUGGUCCUCUGGGUGUACCUGGACAGGCCCAGGGGGAGAGUGGCAAGAGUCAGCAGCUGCUCGAAGUCCAGCAAGCCCAAAACCGCUUGCAGUGGACCCUCCACCCCGUCGUCAUCCCGCUCCAUCACCGACUCUCUCAUCGCCAGCCUGGCCGCAGCUGACCUGGCCUUUGUGCUGACUCUGCCCCUCUGGGCUGCGUACACAGCCCUGGGCUACCACUGGCCCUUUGGAAAGCCCCUGUGCCAGGUCAGCAGCUUCAUAGUGGCACUCAACAUGUACGCCAGUGUCUUCUCCCUCACUGGCCUCAGCGUGGAGCGUUACUGGGUCAUCGCACGGCGACGCAAAACAGGGGCCAUGCGGGGCACAGAGCUGUGCCGGGCACCGGUCGUGGUGAGUGUGGUGUGGUUGGCGGCGGGUGUGCUGGCCCUGCCUGCUCUCCUGCUCAUGACGGUCAAGCAGGUGGGCCUGGGGAGCGAGUCCGAUGACGAGUGGCCUGAGGAGGAGGACGCUGGCCUGCCUCAGGACUCCGCUCUGGCCUUCAUCUCCUCCUGUGACAUGGACUACUCCAGCCUGAUCCCCGCCGAGCUGGAGCCGGAGGAGCGUGAGCGGCUGGAGGUGGCGUGGGGGGCGGCGCUGGGCCUCAAGUCCACGCUGCUGGGCUUCCUGCUGCCACUGGCCGUGCUGCUGCUGUGCUACUGUUCGCUGGGGCGCCUGCUGGCCCAACACUUUCGCGAGAGUCCGCGGCCCGACCGCGGGCGCCAGCGCCGGCUGCUGCGCGUCAUCGUCACCCUGGUGCUGGCCUUCUUCCUGUGCUGGCUGCCCUACCACGCCAACAAGAGCCUGGCCAUGCUGAUGGAGCUGGAGCUGCUGCCCUACUCCUGCACCUUGGUCCAGCUGCUGCUCCUGGCCCACCCCUACACCAUCUGUCUGGGCUACGUGAAUAGCUGCCUGAACCCGCUGCUCUACGCCUGCUGUGACACAGCCUUCCGCAGGCGCUGCAGGGCCCUCCUGAAGAACAUCGGCUGCAGGUCGAGGUGCAGCAGAGUGACUGAGGCUGAGGAAGAGGAGGAGGAG